CGUAGGGUUGGGUUUACACACACCGGUCCGUGCUCUUUACAUUAGGGUGGUGCAGAAUUAGAAAGUGGAUUUUCUUAUAAAUAUUGGAAUAAUGAAAGAAUAUUCAUAACAGAAAAAUCUCUAAUUAUUCAGAGGAUUGUUCUUAAAUUUGGUUUAUAUUAUUAAGGCUUAUUAACGUAGUUGAUACAAGCCAGAGGUAAAAGCAAUCUUAAACUUAAGGUAUUUUUAACUAUCAAACUCAGUUAUUGCAAUUUAUAUAAUAUUUCGUUGUAAUUAAAUUAUUAAUUUUUAAACAGUUUUAUUUAACAUUUUUAUGAGAAGUACUAUUUAGGCAUAUAGGUAUACUAUUUUACUUUUACUUUUACAUUAUAAUUAUGACUUAUAUUUGUACUGUUAUACUAAGCUAUACUUAUCAGCAAGUUUUUAUUGUAAACUUAGACUUAGGCCUGUCCAGGUGUCAAACAAGCAAAGACAUUCUCUAGGGAUAGGGACCCAAGGGUGUCUCCCCCACAGAGAGAAACAACUUCACUUUUUAAAGCUUUUAAUAAUAGUAACAUAUUCCAAAUUAGACCCAUAUUUAGACCAUUAUCAAAAUGAUGUACCAUGCACCUUCAUUCAAUCUUUAUGUUCCGACUGGAGCUUGAGGCAAAGCCACAGAACCACACUUCUGUACUCAGUCUUUUUCUUUAUGAGCUUUCUGUAUGUUCAGGUUUCUGUACGCUGGUCUUUUUCUGUUGAGUGUGGUAGCCCCACUGUGCCAGAUCUCUUUGGGUGUUCCAUAGUUUCAUUUUCACUGGGAUCUCUAACGUAGGGCUGUCUUGGGAAGUGAGCUUGAAACCAUAAAUUAAUUGAUUGCUUUUACUUUUACUUUUACUCAUUUUAUUUUUAAAACAGUUGUUUCGGGCCACAAUGGGGAAACAGUGGCUCCUCAUCUUUGUGACAUAUAUUGCAAUAUGUCAAGGCCAGAACAUUGUGGAGCAAGUGUGUUCAGCUGAUAGAAUGAUGACACAGCUAGAUUCAUCAAGUGCAAAUGUUAUUAUUGGCGGUCUCUUUGAAAUUCGAGAAAAAGGGGCUGAUGGCUUGGGAUGUGGAAAACCAAACACCGGUACUGCAUCUUUCAUUGAAAGCACUUUUAUAAUUUAAAAAGCAGUAAAAUUUACUUUCACUUAAUAUUAAAUCUCAAAAUUAUAUUUAGGAUAUUCUGUAUAAACAUAAUUGCAACCUAAACACAAUAGUGAGGGAACUCUUUCUGAAUAGAAUAUAAAAUAUAAAUGAAACAAUUCUUUUUCAAAUUAAAUUUGUUUAUUCUUUGAAAAUUAAAGUGUAGUUUUCAUAAAAUAAUUACUUUUAAAAUAAAAAAGGAAUAUUAAUAUGAUCUUUUUAUUGAACAUCUCGUUGUUUCUUUUUCAGCUAAUAUGCAAAUCUUUGAGGCUGCCCGGUAUGCCCUAAACUUGUUAAACAACAACAUUGGUGGAAACAGAUACCUUAAUGGUAUCAAUUUUGGUAAGUUGAUAAGUUGAUAUAUACCAUUUUAUAAAUUUUAUUACUAAAAAGAACCAUUUAAAAAAAUUAAAUAGAUCAAUUCUUGAUAAUUUUUCUAAUACAUGGUUAAAUUUAUGGUUAUUGUAACUACUUUUAAAAAUGAAAUACUUUAAAUAAAAGAUAAAGAAAGGGGAUAGUGGGGAAAGCAGACCUGUUUACUCUUACGAUUUUGGCAUACAAUGUACGAUUUUGGGGUGCAUACAUCAUACAUACUGUAUUCUGUAUGUUUAUUUUUUGCUAUUAAGAUAAUGUAUUGAACAAUUUUUUUAUGGUAGUGUACGAUUUUAAAGGGUUUGAGGGUAAACAGGUCUGGGAAAGUUGCAUGGAUGUUGACUUGGAAUCGGGGUCCAUUCAGACUUGUGGAAAGCAAAUAAUCUAACACAAUUUUUAUAUGCAUUUUCUGACUGCAUGAAAAUGUCUGCAUUUGUUUAAAAAAUAAAUAUCAUAAAAAUGUAUCUUCUUGUUAUAUAAAGUACACAAUCACAUCACUGACAUCAUUUCUUAAAAUACACAUGCAUACAGUUUUGUAUGAAAAAUACCAUAUUUUCUUGUAUACUCUCCUGCUAAAAUUUAACAUAAUUUAUGCUUUACCUGGCAGAUAGUCAUGUUCACCUUGUUAUUAUCUGUUCAGAUUUUUUGAAUUAUUACAAUGAAAUUAUGGAUUUCUUUUGCUUAUAAAUUUGAAGUUAAUCUGCGUAAGUGCAUAUUAUUUACAAUAAAGGAAGGAUAUGAUGGACUAACAAAAGUGUACAGUGUGCAAACAUAAUGAAACUAUUAAAAUAAUUUUUAAAAAUCUUCUCCAUUUAAAAAAAUUAAAAAAUAUGUUGUUAUACAUGGUAAAAAUGACACAUAAUGACUAGACAUUUUUGUUGCUGCCCUGUAUAGUAUUUUCAUAUUAGCUAAUGUGUUUCUUUCUUUUGAAUUACAGGUAUGAUUGCCUAUGAUACAUGCUUCUCAUCAACACUGGCUAUCAAUGCCCUUCAGGCGUUAUAUCCCCAGUCCACUUCCAGCAACCCUUUUUGUCAGACUCAAGCAAAUGCUCCAGUGGUAUCAGGUAAGUUUUGCUAAAAAAAACAUUAAAACUAAUUUAAAGAAAGGAUAGAAGGAAAGAAAUAUAUAGAUCUCCAUGACUGUCAUUUAAAAAUAAUAUAAUAUAUCUUCUUAAUAUUAUCUUAUAUAUAGGUGGGGUGACAAACUUUUACCCCUAGAAAAUUUAGAUAAUUUCAAGGACUGGUUAAAAUUUUUUAAACCUUUAUUUUUUUUUUGGUCCGUUUAAAAAAGAUAAAACAACAUCUUGUUGUCCCAAUCAUCACUACAUGUUCUUCGUUUAUAUUUAGAAUAUAUAACCAUUAAACAAAUUGAUCACUAUUCAGUCUCUUGGUACAAGGAUUAAAUAUAUAAUGUCUCAGUUCCUUUUUUUUCCAAACGUGUCUAUCUUUUAACUUUCUUUACAAACAUCAAUUAUUAAUAGAUAAUUAUAUAUUUAAUAAAAAUACUAUAUGUCUUAAUUAUCCAUCAUACCAGAGUGUCCUUUUUAAAGGUACUGCAUUUUGGAACUGGUCAUGAGGGUUUCAUAAACUAAAGCACCAUUGAUUUCACACUUUAAUCUCUAUUUCUACUUUUUCUACAAAAUGAUUUUGGGAAAGGAAAUCACAUUAUUUAGUUUUUAAAAACAUAAAUAUGCUUCAUUGUUUGUGACUUAUGUACAAGAAAUUUUUUUAAAUCUUAUUGAAACCAACCAACUAAUUUUGAGAUGUUUUCAGAAUAUUUGUUUUGAAGUUAAAUACAAACAUGUUGAGUCUUUUUUCUUUACUCUAGGAGAACAAAGGCUCUCUUCACUAUGAUAUUAAUUUUAUCCCCUGUACAGGCAUCGUUGGUCCUCUGUCCAGUGAUACUGCCAACACGGUUGCAGAGCUUGCUGGUCAAAUGCCAGUGAGCAUAGUGUCUCCAGCAGCUAUGGACCCAGGCCUCAGUGACAAGGUCAACUAUCGUACAUUCCUUAGAACUACGCCUUCAUUCACUGGGUUUGCCAAGGUAUGUGUGUCAAGGUUUUUUUGUUUUUUUUUCAAAUGCAGCUUACUUGAUAGAAUGCUUGCAGUAUAACUGUUUCAAAUGAACUGGAUAUUUUAAGUUAACUAACACAAAAAAAAACAAAUGGCUUAAAUAUUUUUUAUUUUUUUUAAAUUGAUUAAAUACUUGGGGUUUUCUGUUUUCAGGCUGUGGUUGAACUACUAAUACAGCUUCAGUGGCAGAAUGUCUUAGUUGUUUAUGUGAAUGAUGAUAACGGUCGCAGUGGAUACGGCGAGCUGCUACAAGCCACUUACAACAGAGGUCUGUGUGUGUCCAGCGCUCUGGUCCUUGAUGACAGCGCGGACAAAGCAACAUAUAAAGCAGCUUUAAAUGGGUUUGGUUUCAGUGGUUAUACAGCAGCCAUUCUUGUGGCAACUAGUGGGCAAGCACAAGUUAUCUUGGAUGCUGUAAAUGAGGUAAAGUGGCAGGUUUUUUUUAAUACUAAAAUAAUAGAAAAUGACAAGUUUUUAUAUUCCCAAGAAAUGUAUCAUUUUCAUCUUGGGUUCACCAAGAAAUGUAUAAUUUUCAUCAUUGAAGAAAGAAUUUCAAAAGCAGGGUAUACAUUUUCAAGUGUCUUUUAUACGUGUAGGCACUUUUGUGCCAGUUACGAGUUAAAAAUCUGGCAGGCAAUGAGUCUCAUUUGGAACCACACUCAUAUUUACAUAAUAGUGCUGUAUGAACAUAACGGGAAAUUAAUAGUCAAUUUCAGCCAUCUAAUAUUUUGCAAUAAAUUUAUGUGUAAAUUCUUUGAUCAUCUUUACUGGCUAUUAACAAUUUUAAUUACAGCUAUAGUUUAUUAAAUUUAAGGGGGAAAAUACCUAGAUUUAAUAAACAGUUAAUAUCACAUUGUUUAUCAGGUUCCUGCGGCAAACAACGUGCAGUGGAUUAUCAGUGAUGUGGACUUGACUAUUGACCAGAGCACACUCAACAGACUCCGAGGAGCAAUGGUUGUGGUCCCCAAAUUUCCAUUGAUCACUGGGUUCAGGGACUACUUUAUCAAUUUAGAAACAAACCCUAACAACAAUGUUGGAAACCCUUGGUUUAAAGAUUGGUAUGUAAUGAGAUAACAUGAUAGGUUUUAUACUUCAGUUACACAAUGCUUUUUAUAUUUAACUGCUAGAGUAGAUUCAAUUGCUACGCUUAAAUCUUUUACUUAAUCUCUUUACCCGUACAAUUUUGGCGUAAAAUGUACAAUUUUGAGAUAUCUUUUACAACUGUUCGCCAAGGCCUGUCAGAACUAUGAUUUUAAGAGUCAAGGGUUGAAAAUGUAUACCUUCCAAUAGUUUGCUGAUUAAACAAAAAUUUUUUUCGGUUGUUAGUUUUAGCUCCUUUCUAUAUCCAGAUGUGAAUGGAUUGAGAAAUACGAUUGAUUGAGUACCAUAAUUAUAUUAAAUUUUCCCUGAGAAAGGAAGAGGAGUGUGUGUGUGGGGGGAGGGGUGGGAUAGAUAUUUAAGUCCAUACAAAUAACACAGCACUGUUUUUGAAGGGAUGAUGGUCAUAUUGUUGCUUUGUGUUUUCAUAAUGAACUCCCUAGAUAUGGCAAGAGUAAUGGCAGCGUAGUCGCCCUAAUGACAAUUUUUGUAAAUCCUUGCUUUUGUGACAUAAUUAUUUUGUUUGGCUGAACUGUGGCUGGUGCCAAUACUGAGCAAACUAGUUGUUUUUGUUUGUUUUAUAAAUGAGAAUGCAUCCUCAACUGUUCCACACAGCAACACAAGAUUUUAAAAUAUUUUAUAGGAUCUGAGAGGGCCUUUGGAAUAGAUUUUUUAGAAUGCAUAAAACAGCUGUAUGAUUUUUACUAUCCCCGUUUGGUUCCAAUAUUAUUUUUUUGUUUGUUUAAAAAAAGCUUUUUCCUAAAAAAUAAAUAGCAAGUUACUAGGGAGGUUUUGCAAAUUACAUCCUUGUUUUUUUUUUUUUUUUUUCAAGUAAACUUUUUUUUCUUAACUUACCUUAAAUUUUUACCCCAUUUAAAUUUUUCCGGUUAAAUUUUUUUUUUUUGCAAAUUACAUCCUUGUUUUUUUUUUUUUUUUUCAAGUAAACUUUUUUAUGCUGAACUGACUUCAAAUUUUUACCACAUUAAAAUUUUACCGGUAACAUUAUUUUUUUACAGUGACAAUCUGUGAUAAUGUGAUUGCACGUUCACAGAAAUAUUAAUUGAUAUCUAUAGCAGAUGAGCAAAGUUACCUUUUUUUUUACACCAGCUUAACUCAAUUCCACUAGAAACGCGAUUCGAAUACAGUGAAACCCCGCUAUGACGCGCUCCGCCAUAACGCAAAUUCGGAUAUAACGCGGUCGUAGCAUGGCUCCCUAAAUUUGAAAUUCAUUUACUCCAUCAGGCCUAAGUUCUUUGAAAAUUUUAUCCAUUGCUUGGAAAGCGUGGACAACCCACGCGAAAAAAAUUACAACUUUUCAAAAUGUCGUAGAAAAAUGAGCCCCUAAACGCACCACUUUCAAACUAGUAUCAAAAUUAAUGCAGAAAACGAGGCUUUCUUCCGGUAGAACUAUAAAUAAUAGUAUACACGUAUAGGUUCUCGGAAAAAAGUUAAAUAUUGUAAAACCGCGCAUUAACGCAACCCUGCUUUUAACACGAUCCGAUUUUAUGGACCCCGAUCAUCGCGUUAUAGCGGGGUUCCACUGUAGUUACUGUAUGCUUAUUUAUUAACUAUUAAAAAACUGUAUAAUUUGAUUUUGAGAUGAUAUUGUGCGAUUUUAGCAGUUAGAGGUUAAGCAGGUUUGCUAAACUGACAUUCUGUCUUUUGAAUAUGAUAAUAAAUUUAAACAAAAAAUUUCUAAAUUUAUGUAGACAUGUGUCUCGAUUUCAAUUUAUAAAAUGUACAAUUUUGAAUCCAUUCUAUUUCCAUUGAAAUUAUAAUUGAAUAAAUAACAGUUUUUCCUUUUAUUUUUUAGAUAUCUGUCUUUUACACUAUUUUUUGUUUUUUGUAGGUAUGAAGUGACCUACAAAUGUUCAUUAACAACAGCAACCAACCAGUGCACUCUUAAAAGCGCAGCUACCCUUGCUCCAAUGUUUGUACAGAAUCCUUGGGUGGUCCCCACUAUCAAAGCAGUAUUCGCCUACGCCCAAGCCAUAGCUACCAUCUGUACAAACUCUGGAUUUUGUUCUAAUUUGAGGAACAUGAAUGCCUUAGCCUUCCACAAUGUGCUUCACAAUGUAGAUUUCACAUUCCCUGAUAACUUCCUGGCAACUGAUCUGAGGGGACAGCGCAUAAAAUUUGAUGCCAAUGGAGAUCCAGAAGUUUCUGACUUUAGUAUUUACAACUACAACAACAGGCUAGGAAGUGGAUUUGUCUUUGAAGAGGUUUGGAACAUUUUUUAUCUUUAGUUGCAUCAAUUUAAAAUUAUCUUAGACUCAAAUUCUCUUCUUUCAUUAUUUUAAAGUUGAGUUAGAAUUAAUUUUACUAUGUGUGUUUGUAUAAAAUUUGCUGAAAAUAAAGUCACAAAGUUUUAGAUCAAUAAAGGAAUGUUCUAAGGGCUCACAAAUUUUAAAUGGCAUAAAUGAGGCCACACCAAAUUCAUUUAAAAAAAUGAGUUUAUAGAAUUCAUCCCUUUUAUACUUUACUUGUAGAAUUCAUCCAGUGUCAUAGAUAACUUUUAGAAUUCAUCACUUUUAUAGAUAUCAUUGAAAUUUUUCUUCAGGGCACCAAGUUAUUAAUUUUGAUGCUUUAUUUAAAUGUAUACUUUAUUCAUGUUUUUGUAUUAGUUUUACUAUUUAAGAGAGUAUAUUAGUUUAAUUAAUUUUACCUCUGGUAAACAGAGAAUUAAUGAAUUUCCACUCCAUUAUCAGUUAACAUGUCUAUAUAAACCAAUAAAUUUAAACAUAACCAUAACUGAUAAUUGUAUGUAAAAUACAGUUGUUUUAAUUUUCCUUCCAAAGAUCGGAAGUUUUACAUCUAACACCUUGACACUUACAAGACAACCCACGCUGUAUGAUGGCACAAGAUCUUCUGUUUUACCAACCAAUCCCACUGCCACCUGCCAAACCCUUGGUUGUCAAAGCUGCUUGUUGCCUCAGCGCUCUGUCACCUUCCGAUAUCAACCAGCAGAUAUUGUGAUUGGUUCCCUUAUCCAGGCACAUCAGUCUGGGCGUGUUCCAUUCACCUGUGGCACUGGCAUAAUUCCACGCCUGGCCUCCCUUGUAGCUGCUGAGUGGGCCGUGUCCAGAUAUAGGGACAUUAAUCCCAAUAAACUAAACGGUGUAACCCUUGGGACUUUGGUGGCUGACAUCUGUCCUGACAGCUUUGUAGCAAGAGGUUUCCUUACUGAUUUGCUAAGUGGUAACAACCGCUUGGUGGAUUCUUCAGGGAACGUUAUCACAUCAGAGACUAUUAGAGCCUUUGUUGACUUUACAGGUAACAAAUAACUGUUUUUAUCUCACACACAAGUAAUUUUUCAGAGAGAGAAGUACCAGUGUUAAUGUGUACUCUCUAGUUACCAUUAUUUAUAACAUUAUGGAGACUGCUGUCAAGCCAUAUGACGGAAAUAUAUUAUAGAUAAAUAGUAACUUUUCCAUUUUGAAACUUAUUUCCUUUCAAGCUACUUGACAUUCUUAGUUCUUGUUCACCGAAGGCGGGCUUAAAUCAAAACAUCAGUUUGUUUAAACCCUCUAUAUAUCUCGUUCCAAAUUUCACAUGGACAAUAUGAAUAGUACCAGAGAGAUUUUAACACAAAUGGAAAUCAUUAAUAUUUAACUAGAUUAUAGCAAGCUGAAUGCACAAUCAAUUGAUUUCCCUUUAUAAACAAAAAAGAAAAAAAAUCAAGAAAAAUACUUAUUUUAAAUAUUUAAUAUAGUUGUGCAAGAUCACAGCUCAAUUAUUAUUUUUUCUCUCACAAUUUCUAGAGAGUGAUGUAGCAAAGUCUGUCAGCCCGAUCUUGUCUAACUAUAACAUCCCCGAAGUGCAAACGGCUGCCACCACACCCGUUGUGAUGAAUGGAGGUAUGACAUCUUACUUCAGUCGAGCCAUCCCCAGUGAUGAAGUUUUCUACAAAGCUAUUGCCAGUUUGCUGCAAACUGUUGGAUGGAAAUAUGUGCAGGUAAUUUAAUUUUCUCAUGAAAAUUUUCAGCACUUAAUUUGUUUCUGUACUUCUGGUAUGUUAAAUUAUUAUGUAACUGAGUGGUGAAGAGAUAUAACUGAGUUUUAAAUGUAUGUGUAUGUAUGUAUAUAUAUAUUUAUAUAUAUAUAUAUAUAUAUAUGGGUUUAUAAAUUUGAUAAAAUGCAGGUCUUGUGGACUAUAGCCUUUAUUUUGUUCUAUCAGUGUUGUAUAGACAGCAGUGGUAGAAGAAAAUCCUAAGUAAACGUUUGAAGAAAAUGGAUCCUUAAAAAAAAUUUGUAAGAAACAAGUUCCGUCUUUAAAAAAAAGGACAAUAUCUGAAAAGAUACAAAUAGUACAUAAGUUAACAAUGUCCUGACUAACAUUGAAUUAAACAGCUAACUAUACACAUUUUAAAUAACUCGGUAAUUAUAGGUUAUGACAAAAUGUACUUAACUAAGAAUACAGAUGUUACACAAAUGGCAAUUAAAAUUAUAUUCUUGUAAUAUGUUUCAUUUUAAAAGAAAUCAAGUGGCACUGUAUAACUUGUAGCACGUACACCAUCUUACAUUCAGAAUGAGUGUGAGAUGUGAGGGCUAACAUACAGGUCUAGAAAUGACUAUUGAACUGUCGUCCUUGUAUUGUUUCUAUGUAAGAUACACCCACAGAGGACAGUUACUACAAUGGUAUAAAGGAUGACCACUGUUAGGUUGAUACAUGUUGUCUCAAUCAAUCGCUGCAUCAUUUUAAGACAAGUGCAUCACAGAAUGUCUAAUUAUAUUAAUACAGCUGGUAAUAUAAUCCUAACACAUGCACCAUUUCAUUUGUGAGAAUUUAGCACAUAGCAGGAUAGUUAGCCUACUACACAUAUUUUACGUAUAUUCGCUAGUUGGACACUGUUGUAUCAGUCAGUUAUGAGCACAUUGCAUUAAUGUGUUACCAGAACAAUAUAAUAGUUGGUGUUAUGCUCACAUACACUCUGAUAUCUAAUUCCAUGCAAAAAUUCGGUGGACAGCUGUAUGUCCAUCCAUCACAAUAUCAUGGUAACAAGUCAAAUUGACGGAACUAACAAUUGAUUAAAACAAUUGAUUAAAAUUGAGUAAUGAACAGAAAUUUUCCAAUACUAACACCUAACAAUUGCAUUCAAUAAACACAGACAUAUGAAGGUGUAUUUGCUAAUACUUAUAAAGAGUCCGAAUGGGCCGCCAAACAAUGGCGCUUUUUCGGGAAACUACUAAAAGUUUUGAAUGCCAAAAGCCCAUUCUCGGGUGCAUAAUAAAUAGGGUAGCUCCAACAUCCCAGAGAGCCUCUAAAUAACAUAUAGGACAGGAUGGUCUAUUUCUUGACUUCUGGCAGAUUUCCUGCUGUAAAUUGACAAUCCUUGAGACUCCAACCAGAAUAAAAGUCAAAAUCCUGGACCAAAACCCUAAAGACUUCAAUAUGUCUGUUCAUGUUUUGUCUUGGCUAACUUAUUGACACUUUUAUAAUUAUAUAAGUUAAAUGAUCUUUGAGAUAUUUUAAAUGGAAGGGCUCGGGGAACCUAACCCCCCCCCCCCCCCCCCCCCCCCCCCCCCCCCCCCCCACCCCCACCCAUGGAUGAAUGUGAAAACUCCCUUAAUUGCUGAAUAUUAAUGAAUACUACAAAGAUGUAAACUUGCAAAUCAACUUUCCAACAUAUAUCUUGUUAGCAUAAUACCCUAGGGUUGCCGAGAAAUAAAUAAUUGAACUUAUACAAAAAGCACAAAAAUGAUUUCCAAAUAUUCAAGUAUUUAACACCAAGGUCAGAUUCCACUACAGUUUUGGGUGGUGAACAAUCUGUUUUUGUAAAGCAUGACCUACACUGCCACAAUUAGAAUUUAAAUUUGGACAAUAUAUGUAUAUUAUUUUUACUAUUUCAAGAUUUGUUGCUAACAAUUCACCAAUGUUAUGAAAAGGAUUAGAUGCACACAAAAAGAAGAAACAACCUCAAUGAUUCAGAUGGACAAAAUUGUAAAUGCACCAUUUUUCAAUGUACAGGUAGCCACCCGAUCCAGUGGAAUAUAUCAAGAAAUGUAUCAGACUUUCCUCAAAGUUGCUGCAGAGUGAGUAACAUCAAAAUUGUAUUGAUUCUCAGACUUGGUUACCUUAUACAAUUUUGGUGUACAAUCUACUCUUAGAAAUAUUUUAAUGGUUGCAGAGUUCUGUCAGAAAUACAAUUUUAAGAGACCCUGUUUAAAAAAAAAUAUAUUCUUGAUGUUUUUUAUUUAGUAGUGAAUGGACUGAGUAAUAUGAUUGUUUGGAGACCAUCCAUACACUGCUUUCACACUGAGAGGGGAAGUGGUUUGGUGCUGAUUUAGGAGAUUUUGCUUACGGCUGUGCAUUGGGAUGGGGUAGGGGGGUGGUGGAGGUAUCUUAAUAUGUAAUAAAGACUAUAAAAAUAAAACCGCCACAUUUCAUGGUGAUGGUGAUGAGCGGUCAUAUGGUUGCAUUGUGUUUUCAACAUGGACUCGCUAGAUAUGGCAACAGUAAUAUUUAGCGUAGUCCUAGUGAAAUUUUAGUAAAUAUUCGCUUUUAUGACAUAAUUUUGUGACAUAGUUAUUUAGUUCAGCUGAACCCCGUGCUUUUGAAAAUGAAGAAAACAAUUAUUUUUUUUAAAAUGCAUUCUAAAUAUCUCCCCACAACAACUUUAGAUUUUGACACAUUUCAUGAGAUCUAGCAAUCUAUGGUUAGAACUCGCAAAACAGCUGUACAGUUUCAAUACACCCGUUUGGUUCCAACACUCCUCUUUCCCCCUUCAGUUUGUGGUAGUUAUUAGACUAUAAUAAUAUCUUAACUGGAAAUAAAAUCAUAUUAUGCGUAUCAAAAUAACAGAUUUUCUUAAAUAUCAGUCUCAAGUUACUUGGUAGGUUUUGCAAAUGACCUCCUCAUUUGUAAAUUAAUUUUUUAAUUGAAUUAAAAAAAAUGUUAAAGCUCAACUGACUUCAAGUUUGAACCACGUUAAAUUUCUGAAGUAACUAUUAUUCUUGCCAGUGACAGACUGCAACAAUGUGUUCUGCACUUAUGCACACAUAUUACUUAAUAUCUAUAGCAGAGUCACACAGUGGCAUAGCUAGGUUUAGUGCCACCCGGAACAGGCCAAGAUUUGUGCCAACCCCUUCCUCAACAAAAACUCUGCAUUUUUCCCAAAAAUGCCAUUCCUCAAAAUAAAGAGAUAAGUGCAGCCCGGGUGGACUGAAAGAGAUAAGUGCAGCCCGGGGUGGACUGAAAGAGAUAAGUGCAGCCCGGGGUGGACUGCCCGUCUGCACACUCUUCCUGAGCCACUGGAUACCACAGAUUGAAAUUUAAUUUAUAAACCCCGACAUUCUACAUUUGAAAGUGACCUUUUUUUACAUCAGCUUAACCAGACUCGACAGGCUGUGCUAUUUCUUAUUUUAUGCAUUUUACUAUAUGUUUAUUUAUUUACUAUGAUGCUACACGGCAUUGUGCAAUUUUGAGAUGGUUUAGUAUUAUUCUGAAAAGAUGUUGUACUAUAUUGGGAGUUUCAGGGUAACCAGGUCUGUAUUCUGGUUUAUUUGUAUAAUCAAGUAUUUUUGUGAGUCUUCUAAUUAAAAUUCAUCAAAAAUAUUUUAAAAAGUUAUCCGUUACAAUAAUUUAAAAAAAAGUGGACACAAUUAUUUCUAAAGUCAGUAUCCCAAGGAAUUAGUACUCGUACCUCUCCCCCAUAGACAGCGACGAGGCCAUGACAGGCAAUUCAGGCUCAUACCAGCAAGAAGCCAGUAUAGGAGCUGCUCAUUCCUGCCCAAGACAAUCAGGGACUGGAACAAUCUUUCAAAAGGAACGGUUGAGGCGACAACACUAUCUGUGAAAUUUCCUCAUCAACACCAGGAACAGAAACAUUGCAAAUCCCAUCUACAUGCAUAGGAGCCAAAAUGAUCAAUAAAUUGAUCGUGGGCCCUUAAGAUAUAGAAGAAGAAGAAGAAGAAGAAUUUUUCUCACUUGGAACUGUCUAUCAUGUAUUUGUUUUUUAAAAUAUUUUCUGGUCACACAUCACUUGAAAACAUAAAAAAAAAGCUUUUUAUUAAACUGGUUGUGCUGCGAGGCAUUGUCCUUUUGAAUUUUUUUUUAAAAAAUCAACGAAAGGUCAAUCAACGAAAAGUCAUUGAAUUUUUUUUCCUUCAUUUUUUAUAGACCUUUCAUCUGUCUUACACGUAUGUUGCCCCAUUUCUUCUCAACGCUCUUUACUUCAAGAUGACACCUUACAAUUAAUAAUUUAUCUCAACCAUUUUUUAACGUCUUGACUAAGCUCAUUUCAUAGAUUAUUCAAAAAAGUGUUUCUUUACCUUUUUGAAAGUUAAGAACUUUUUUGAAUGUGGAUGUAACAUGUUUUAUCGAAGGUAUAUUUUGUUUCAGCUAUGGCAUCUGUAUAGUCAACACAGUCGCAGCCUUUGAUAGUACCAGCACAACACGUUUUGACACUAUGCUUGAUGCACUGCUCAGUAAAACACAAACCCAAGUGGUUGUUGUCAUUGGUAACCAGAAUGAUGUUAGAGGACUACUGACUUCCAUUGGAGCUAAAGGUAAUGAGGGUGUCUUUUGCAUGUUUCAAAGUAAAAUUUAAUCAUUGACAUAGAGUUAUCUACUUUGUAAGCACAAUUUGUUCAAAGGACAAUGUAAGCUAUACAUUUUGGGAAAUUUUCUUAUUAAUAAAUAAGAAUUAACUCUUGUCUUUUGUGUAAUCUUAAAGGUAAGGCGGGUCAGUUGCAGCUGAUAGCCGGUUCCGAUAUGUGGGCCAGGAAUCCAGAAUAUGUUAGAGGACUAGAAGCAGCAGCUGCUGGAUCCAUUGUCCUUGACCUGCAGAUGAGUGCUAACACUGAUUUCAUUGCAAACCUUACGAGCCUAUCAAGGGCACAAAUCCAAGCUCACCCAUUCAUGCGUGAACUCUUUGAGGUCUCAAAUAUGUGCUCAUUGGAUACCUCUACCAGGGGUCUUUACAGCAGGACCUGCACAAAUUUGGAUGUUUUCCCCAACAACCUUUAUCAGGUAACUCAAACUCUGUUGGAAUGUAACAUGAUACCAGGCAUAUAUAUUCUCAAGGGUAUGAGAAUCACUGUUGUCAUGUGUGAUAGGGAAAAGAUGUUUAGUUAGAGACUUUAUGUGUAGCUGUAUAUACUGUGUGGGAGUGUUGUGACAUAUUUGUGUAAGGGGAAAUGACACGUUAGUUUUCUUUGUUGUUAUGGUAGAUAGAUGGCGGAUGUGCUAUAUUGACUGUUUGGAUUUGUGUAUUGCUUGUGUAGUAUUGUGUUGGAACGAUUUGAUUGUUGAUCUGAAUUUAAGUAUCAACCAUAGGUCGUGAAUUUUGGUUAAAUAAACUUGUGUUUGCAACAAACCGGUUGAUGUUUAUUGUAUUGGUGACUGUUGCUGUCUAAGGUACUGUCUUGCGGAAUGAAGUGAAAGACUUGGCCCAUGCAGGUAGACACUCAUCGCCAUGAGUGGAUGAACACGACACAACAGGUUCAACGGUUCGACAUAUAUGUACAUGAAAUUAUGAACUGAUGAGCUUUGCAGUAAAAUAAUUAAAAAAUUGGCUCAUCAGUUGAUAUCUCAACAGAAUAAAAGAAUAGGGUUGAUGUAAAUGGAACAGAUGGUUAACAUUGUUUCAAACUGAAAAAAUAUUUUACACUCUGUAAACUAUUAUUAUUAUUUUUUUUUAUAUAUGUCAGGGCAAGACUCCAUACGUCAUCCAGAGUGUGUUCACAGUUGCUGAUAAACUUCAUGAAGUCAUCCAGGAGGUCUGUAAGAAUGUCAACUACAGUGGCUUGUGCUCAGAUUUCCGUUCAGCCACAGACAUCGGCCUGCGCUUGGAUGCCAAGAUACAAGACACCACAAAAACGGCCACUGGUUAUGGUAUAAAGGGUGGUGAAGGCAUUACAGAUUAUACUUACCUUGUGUACCAGCAAGGAGCUUACACAUCCGUAAGAAAUAUUUGUUAAUCUAGUUCAAACUAUUUUUUGCUUUAUUUAUUUAUUUAUUUAGGCAUUUUUAUAUAGCGCUUACCAUAAAGCUCUAAGCGCUUUACAAUUAUUAAAACAUGUAAACUAAGUAAAUACAAAUGAGACACUAGGAUAGUAACUACUAUUCUAUAGAAACAAUGAAAAUGGCUAUAAAAAGAGGACACUUUGACACUUCAGGAUUAAACCGAAACAGAAAAUUAGGUAGGGCAAGGAGGGUGCAUCACAGGUCAUAGGCGGACCUAAACAGAUGAGUUUUAAGGGACUUUUUGAAAAUGGACGAGGUUUCACUAUGACGUAUAUGGAAGGGGAGCUGGUUCCAGAACGUGGGCCCAUGGAAGCAGAAGGAGCGUUCACCGAUGGUCUUAGUUUUAGUUCUUGGGAUUGAGAGGGUUCUACUGUCAAUGGAAGAACGUAGUUGUCUUGUGGGGAUGUAAGGAAGCAACAGUUCAGAGAGAUAGACAGGAAAGUGAGGGUCAGUGAACGAGUUGAAGCAAAGAUUGGAAGACUUGUAUUUGAUGCGAGAGGAUAUUGGAAGCCAGUGGAGUUGCCGCAUGUGUGGUUGAAUGUGGUCAUGUUUCUUUAAUUUAAAAAUGAGUCUGCAUGCUGAGUUCUGUGCCUUCUGAAGUUUUUCUAUGUGGUGUUGAGGAAUGCCUGAGAGAAGAAUGUUACAGUAGUCAAAUUUUGAAAGAAUGAGUGAAGAGACGAGAGUUUUUGUGGCAUCAAAGGAGAGGAGGUGUCUAAUGGUGCUGAUUUUUCUAAUUUCGUUAUAUGCUGAUCUGCAUAUAUUCGUGACAUGUUUGUCCAUGGAGAGGGUGUCCGUAAGCGUGACUCCAAGGUUUCUGGCAGAGGGAGAGAGUGUGAUGUCAGAGUUGCCAAUAGAUAUAGAAGAAGGAGCGAAUGGAGGGAGAGGUUUGUUUUGAGAGUGGAUGAGAAGGAUUUCCGUUUUAUCAUCAUUUAGCUUCAGUUUGUUGCAAGUCAUCCAACGCUUUACAUCGUCCACGCACUCCUGUAUGCGAAGGAUUGUGGCAUCAAGUUGAUCAGGAAAGCAAGGGUCACUGAUUUGAGUGUCAUCUGCAAAGGAUUGACUGGAAACUGAGUGGUGGCUAAUGAGAGAUGAUAGAGGUUUAGUGUAGAGGAUGAAAAGGACCGGCCCAAGGACCGAUCCUUGAGGAACUCCAAUAGACAGUGCUGAAGGUUUGGAAGAGCGGUUGGAAAUAGAGACUUUUUGAGUUCUGUCAGAAAGAUAUGAUUGAAACCAGUUUAAAGCUGAGCCAGUAAGUCCGAAAGAAAGAUGAAGGCGGUCAAGAAGAAUCUGGUGGUCAAUGGUAUCAAAUGCAGCAGAGAGAUCUAACAGAGUGAGAAUAGAGAGUUUGCCAUCGUCCAUCGCGCGCAGGAGGUCACUCAUGACUCGGACCAGUGCUGUUUCUGUGCUAUGACCAAGUCGGUAGGCGGACUGAGAGGAAGGAUAGAGAUUGCGAGAAUGAAGAUAGCCAGAGAGCUGAGAGAGUAUGAGUUUUUCUAUGAUUUUUGAGAGAAAGGAGAGGUUGCUGACGGGGCGGUAAUUCUUGAGUGUGUUUGGAUCAAGUGAGGGUUUCUUUAGGAGGGGCAGGACAAUCGACCGUUUAAAAAUGGGAGGGAAUAUGCUUCUUAGCUUUUGGCUCCUGUGUUCUUAUAUUAAUAUCAUCAAAGAAUCACGACGGUUGUAUAACUUUUAUAUAAAGAAGAAAAAAAACAGGGCUUACAAACAUUUUAUAGGCCUCAGUAAAGUCUGUUAUUUCCACUCAAUCUACUGAAUAAACUCCACAAUGCUGUUACAUUUCCUUCACACAUUUUUCUAGUUGUAAUUUACCUUGUGAGGGCUUGAUGCAUUUGGUGAACUUUCUCCAGGAGGCUUCAAAUGUAAAAAGUUUUGAAACUGAUUAUAGAAAACUAUUUUUUUUUAAAUUUUUUUUUUUUUUUGGUACUUACAAAAAAUUUUUUUCACCAAACGUUUAGUUUGGUCAGUUCAGUGCAGAAAACCAGAGGCUGACCAGCUUGACUCCCGCAACUCUUGGCACAAACCAGAACAAGCCCUCAAUGUGCGGCGGGGUCUGCCUGGAGUGUCAGUAUUUGUUUAACAUGCAGAGGGGUCUCUUCAGCAAUGGUGACUGGCUUAUUGCUGGGACCUUCAGGUGAGACUGACCAAAAGUCAAAUUGUUGGCCAUGUUCAUUUCAUUGUGCGCUUGUUGAAAGAUCAGUGCAAGUUUUCUUGAAAUGAUGGCAACGUAUCAAUUUUGGGCCACAAUAAAUAUUUCAUAACAAGCAUCUGUAAUAUGCAUAUAUAAGUAGUGUUAUUGCCUUCUCCUCAUUUAAAAAUUUUAAGCUACUCUUUAUGUUGUCACUGUCACAUCUCCUUUACUCUUUGUUUAAGUUCUCACGGUCACAUCUCCUUUACUCUUUGUUUAAGUUCUCAUGGUCAAAUCUCAUUUACUCUUUGUAUAAGUUCUCACGGUCACAUCUCCUUUACUCUUUGUUUUAGUUCUCAUGGUCAAAGCUCGUUUACUCUUUGUAUAAGUUCUCAUUGUCACAUCUCCUUUACUCUUUGUUCAAGUUCUCAUGGUCACAUCUCCUUUAUUCUUUGUUUAAGUUCUCACUGUCACAUCUCCUACGCUUCUGUGUAUAAUUUAAUGCCGCUGUUUUGCUAUAUUCCCCAGUGUAAGUGAUCCUGGCCCUGACCUCCUCCAGCCUUACAUUUGUGGUGCCACCAGAAUGGCAGAUGGUCCACAGUACACAACGGCCAUGCUUUUUGCACUGAAUCAGGUCAACAAUGGAUUAGCCCGCGUUUCGGUUCCUGGUGUUAAGUUUGGUGCGUUUCUAUAAGUAUUUAAUUCUUUACUAUUUGCAAAUUUUCAACGCAUUUUUUAAUGGAAAAUCUUCGUGAAAAGAGGGAUAUAGUAAAUAAAAAUGAUUUUUUCAUAUAAAUAUAAACUGAGGCUAAAUUAAGUUAAUCCAGAGGUUCCCAAACUGUGCACUGCCCCUAAGUGAAAAUCUUGUCUUUAAUUUAUAGUGCACUUGUUAGAAUUUGACGUAGGGAGCACUGACUUGAAAAUGUUAGAGAAUUUCUGAGUUGACCAAUUCACAGUGGUGUGGUUGUAUAACAAAACCAGAAGGUAGCCGCUCAAGUUCUCCUGAGUGCCUUCUCUCCAGAUGUAUUAAAUUUUUUUGUCUAAAUCGCAUUCUCUAAUAUUGUAUGUAAGCAGAAUGAAUAUAACCCCUGCCAGAUAAUGAACCAACCACAGUAAGAUCUGCAUUCUAAAUAUCUUUCAUUUGUUUAUAUCGUCAUUCAGGUGGACUUGCACUUGAUCACUGCGACAACCCAGGCCGCGCCAACCUGAUGGUUUCAGGGAUUUACUCUGGAUACAUGACCAACUCAGGAGUUGACCAGAGCAAGAUACUUGCGUGGAUGACAGAUACCACAGCCAGCACAAACGAUGCUGCAGCCCUUCUGGAUCCAUUAGGUAUUUAAAAUUGAGAGAAAAGCUGAUUUUUUUAAUGCUAUUUCUUUUUUUCAUGGGCCAUAUGUUUUUGAAAACACACAUUAAAUUUUUACUUUAAAUGCAUUUUUAAAAUUUUUUUGAAUUGUGACAAAUUUAUUAUUAUUUUUUACCAACGUACGUUGAGAAAGAUGCAAUUAGAAACAUUACUAAUUUUACAGAUUGUAAAAUUGAAUUCAGAGACUUUAAAAGUAGAAGUCUCUUGUCAGAUGUCACCCGUUAUCAGUUAGUUCAAACAAAUUUAUUUCCAUAAAAUUUUACAGAGAUCCAAGUUCAUUGGUCUGUCUCCUCUAAAAUGCUUUAUGAUUGCAAAGAGUUGUACACUCUAUGCAUUGGUUUGUUUCUCAAACAGGUGUAGCAAUAGUGAGCCCUUCUGCAACAGCAGCAUCUCUGAUGGAGUAUCCUAACUUCUUUAGGACCAUUCAAGGGGACAGAACCGCUGCCCAAGCUCUUGUCAAGAUUAUAAAGACCUUUGGAUUCCCUUACAUCCAGGUGAUUCACUCAAGUUUAAUUUUUUAUUAUAAAUUAAAAUAUUCUAGUUUGUCAUCAUUUAAAUAAAAUCAGCUGUUUCAUUGAAUUUUUAUUUAAAAUUUAAAACUGUCUGGAUUUAUUCUGUUAUUUGUAAUGUAGCUGGAUAGAUGGCUUGGGCUAAUUGUAAUGUAGCUGGAUAGAUGGCUUGGGCUAGUUGUAAUGUAGCUGGAUAGAUGGCUUGGGCUAGUUGUAAUGUAGCUAGAUAGAUGGCUUGGGCCUUUUUUGCAAAGACGGCUGAUUUUUUAAAAAAUCUUACGUCAAGGUUGGGACAACCCCAGAACCUAUUUCCACUUAUUCAAUAGGCAAAAUAUGUUACGGACCUACAAUGUCUUAUAGGUUUGAUUUCUUGUCUAACUACCACAGUCACUAUUUUAUGUGUCUUUUAAAUGUUAUUUUUAAAUUAGAUUUCUAUAUUUUAGUUUUUGUCCAAUCUUGAUUCAACUAAAUUGCAGUGUGGAGGAAUGUUUCCGACUGGGUGUCACUAAUUUAAUAUUUUAAUUAUAAAUACAGUCAUUUUGACCAUUUAAAUAUCCAAAUGAGAUCGCCUUCUGCCCUACUGGGCGCUGUUAAUACCCAUGCUAAAUGUUAUCAACAGAUGGUGCAUGGUGCCAAUGAAUACGGCCGGGGAGGUCUGGAAACUAUGAAGGCUGUGACCCAGUCUGAAGGAAUUUGUAUUAUCAAUGCCCAAGAACUGUCCACCAACAACACAGCCACGGUGUUAGAGACAGUCCUGGCAACGGAGACCCAUGUUGUGGUUCUCUUCCUGGAGAGCGCCGACACAGACAGGUUCCUCACUGCAGUUGCAAAUCACAACGUCGCCAGAGCCCGACUGGUCAUUCUGAUGCCUGAAAUGUUCUCCAAGGUAUCAGACUAAAAUUUGUUGCUGUCUUCUGUUCCUCCUCCUAUUGAAUUUGAUGUUCUGUAAUUUGGAGGAACUUCAUUGCAUUGUUAUCUUGCAAAAAUAAGUAGUCUUGUCACCUUUAAAACUAAUAAAUAUUUAGCAAAUAAUAUCCCUUGCAAUUUAAAGCCACAAUUUUCUCAGAAACACUCUACAAAACUUAGAUAUGAAAUAAAAACUGCAGUUUAUAAACUUUUGGGGCUGUUGCUUUUAAGAAUAUUGCUUAAAAUGUUAAUUAAACCACGUAGCCACAGAAAUAGUUCAAAUAUAUAACCUUGAUGUAUUCUUCAGAUAGUUAAAAGAGUGGCCAGCAGUAUGGCCAAGCCAAUCAUCAGUCUGAGCUUACACAGAACUACGCUCAGCAAAUACAAUGAUUACAUUAACAGUUCCCCCAUCAGCAAUCCAUACUUCGCAAGCUACUACAUGAAAGUCAAGAGCUGCAAUUUGCCUGGGUACUCGAUGUACAGAACGCCCUGUGCCACCCCGCUCGAACCAAUCACCGGCGAUUCUGACUACGAAGAGGACAACUACGUCCUGGCCACCAUCAACAGCGUCUACGCCAUAGUGAAUGCUCUCCACCUCACCAUCAGAGACAUUUGCGGACAGUACACUACGCCGUGCGCUCAGUUCUAUACAGCAACGGACAAACUGAAAAGAUUCAACUUGAGGUUGAAAGAUGCAAAUUUCAUUGAUGAAGGUCAAAACUCUUUCCGUUUCCUUGAUAGGGAAGGCAACACAGCAUAUGAUGUUUGGCAGAGCACCAGUUCUGGGGACUAUCGGAAGGUGAUUGAAUAAGCCGUCUUGGAAAUAUUUAUAUAUUUUUGUUUAAAAAUGCCCUGGGUGUAACUGCAAUCCAAUUUUAGCACAUAUGGUAAUAAUUCAUACAACUGAGAAGAAAUUUGGCUCAGUACCAUAUUACAGACAAGAGCUUUUAUGCCAUUUCAAAUAAGAAAUCAUACGUUUAAUAUGAAAUAUGUAGGCUGGUGGGCAAAAGACCUCAGAACAAUACUUUUAACACCUUACUCACUGUUGUUGCUGCAGAAAAUAACCAACAAAAUAAUUUCAAGUUGUGUAUGACUUUCUUUUCUGCUAAAACUGUACCAUUAACAAUAAGAUUUCAAUUUCUAUCAUUCUCAUGUGAAAUGAUGAAUUCAAUUUUGAAUUAUGUCAAGGAUGCGCUCUUUUUUUGUUGUUAACAGAUUGGAACUUACGGGGGUGUGUCAUUAGAUCUCCUGGACUUUAGCUUAUCCUCCUACCCCAAUGUCACAUCGACAUGCAUCUCCCCAUGCUUGAGCUGCAUCUUGCGAGGGUUGACUUUCUCUCACACACCGGGUGAUGUGUACCUGGCUGGUGAGUGAGCGAUAUGCACUGAAUGGUUAUCUCAUGUCAAUUAUGUUAUCUUAAGAACGUGGUUCUCAGCCUGUGCAUGGUGACCCAUGUGAACGACCCUUACAUAGGGUUCGCCUAAGACCAUCAAAAAACCUAUAUUUAUGAAGUAGCAACAAAAAUAAUUUAACGGUUGGGGGGUCACCACGACAUGAGGAACUGUAUUAAAGGGUCGCGAUAUUAGGAAGGUUGAGAACCACUGUCUUAUGACAACUUUUAAAAAAAAAAAUGGAUUAUAAAUACUUAUUUAUUAUUAAAACAGUAUUUAUUGUUUAUGGAGCCAUCGUUAUUCAAAAGAGCUCAAACUUUUAUUAGAGACUGUUAACAGUUUUAAUUAACUGUAUUUUUUAAAAAUUAGUGAUGUAUAAAGGUUUUUUUUUCAGUUCAUUUAAAAAUACUUUGUUGUCAACCUGAAUACAUGAUAUUACCUUAUGGCCUUUUGAUUUAUUCAGUUCAACUUUAUUUUAUCAAAAUAAAAAACUGUAGACAAUCAGGUUAUGAAAUUGACAUACAUCAGUUUUUUUUUCAUCUUUUUAUAACAUAAUCGAACAAACAAAACCUUUAAUAAUUUUGCCAAGGAAAAUCUUUAGAGGAUCAACACUUCAUUUGAUGUUGAGCAUAAAUAUCAUAAAUAUGAAAAAGAAAUAUAUUCUGGUAAGCAUUUUUCACAAAUUUGAAUUCAUUGCAAUUUAAACUUCAGGUAUGUUUGAUGUACACCAGCGCUCACUGAGCCCAUUCACCUGUGGUGCUAUCAACACCUUACAUGGAUUCCUCUUACUGGAAGCUUUUCAUUAUGCCAUCAAAAAAGUCAACGAAAAACAGGGACAGUUUGCUAACAUACUAACAGGUACCAAACUGGGUGGCAUUGGCCUGGACGCUUGUAACUCUCAAGUCAGGGGCGGCUAUUUGGUCAGCAAUAUCCAUAAUGGGCUCACCUCCCUUGCCCGUGAUGGUGUGGUGAUAGCACCAUCGAAAAUUGACACCUAUAUCGGUUCCUAUGGCAGCAAAGCUUCCAUUUACCUGGCUCGUCUUUUGACAGAUCUUAAGAUACCACAGGUGAGAAAAUAGUUCUUCAUUAGUUUAUUGUUUAGUCUUAAAAAUCAUAUUUUUACAAAUCAACUUGCAUCUGCCACCACAUAUUAACAUACAAUGCCUGAAAUAAAAAUUGUCUUAUAGAAGCAUUGAAUAUCUUUUAUUUAUAUAGUCAGAAUUGAAUUUUUUUUAAGGGUCUAUUGCAUUCAAUAUAUUUCUAAAUUUGUUGUUUUGAACACACACACACCACCCCCCGCCCUCCCCCAAUUGUCCCCCCAUAUUAAAAAAAAAUGUUGACGUUCAUUUAUUAACAGAUAAGUUAUGCAUCAGGUAGCGAAGAGCUAAGUGAUCAGAGGGUUUACCCAUACUUCUACCGUACCGUUCCAUCUGAUGGGGAUCAGGUGGAAGCCAUGCUCCUAAUAAAAAUUGUCUUAUAGAAGCAUUGAAUAUCUUUUAUUUAUAUAGUCAGAAUUGAAUUUUUUUUAAGGGUCUAUUGCAUUCAAUAUAUUUCUAAAUUUGUUGUUUUGAACACACACACCACCCCCCGCCCUCCCCCAAUUGUCCCCCCAUAUUAAAAAAAAAUGUUGACGUUCAUUUAUCAACAGAUAAGUUAUGCAUCAGGUAGCGAAGAGCUAAGUGAUCAGAGGGUUUACCCAUACUUCUACCGUACCGUUCCAUCUGAUGGGGAUCAGGUGGAAGCCAUGCUCCAGUUCUUGGAUCAAAGUGACAUUCGUUAUGUACAGGUAAUUAAAAUUACAUGGCAGUCAGGUCAUGUUUUCAUGCACACAAUGUUUUAAUGUCCUUUAAAACUUGGAUACAGCUAAGAUAUAGGAGCCAAAAUGAUCAAUAAAUUGAUCGUGGGCCCUUAAGAUAUAGAAGAAGAAGAAGAUCUGAUUUGCCCUUCAAGAAGAAUCUUAAUUUCAAAGUCUCAAAAUUUAUGUAUCAUAGAAAACACUUCUGAGUUAUUCUUCAUUGUGUUUCUCAGAUCGUAUAUGAGGAUAACAGUAAUGGCCUUACAGCCAAAGAUACUUUCCUUGCUGAAGCCUCCAAAUACAGAAUUUGUGUGGCCCAGACUGUGAAUUUCCCAGACCUUGGAGAAGUGAGCUCGUAAGUCAUGGCUUAUUCAGUCAUAUCAUUUUUUUAAUAUUUUUUUUUUUUCAAACUCAAACCAUCAGUACACACAAAUAGAGUGAAGUUUUAUUUUAGUAAACGAAAUAAAUUGAGCUGCACACUACAUGUUGACUUGGAUAGUUCGUAUCUUUUAGUCCUUUUAAACUUCUAGUUACUUUAUAAUAUAAAUAAUUGAAUGUGCUUUUUCUCUUACUGAAACAUUUCAUAACUUCAAAGUUCAGAAGGGAAAAAAGAUCUGUUUUUUUUUUUAUUUUAAUUUAUUCACCUACCAUUAAUGUAGCCAUGGAAAAAAGUGAAAAAGGCUGGACAAGAAAUGAGAGAUUUUUUGUGUAUUCUGAUCAUUGGGAUUAUAUAAUAAAAAAUUCACAUUACUUCAUGGGCUGUUGAGUUUUUUUUUUCUUUUUCUUCAGGGAAACCUCCAACUCCAUUGUUUCAAAACUUGUUCUGAAACCAGCAGCCAACACAGUGGUGACAUUCCUGGGCACUGACUUUGUCAACUCCUUGCUCCAGGCAGUUGGUCGAUCUGACAGGGCACAGAAUAAGCUUAGGUUUGGUUCUCAUUAAAAUUGUAUGAUUCAGUAGACUACAAUUUAUUGUUAUUUUGUUGCAAUCAUUAAAAACAUCUUCUAAUAUUAAAUUAAUAUGGCCAUACUAUAGUUUUCUAAUUUUAAAAAAAUUUUUUUUACUAAGUUAACCAAUAAAAGGAAAUAUUACACAACCUAGCUCUGAUUUUAUUGGAAGUUAAAAAAAAAAAUCUUUUACGUGCUUUUUAACAAAUAUAUCUGCCAUUUACUUUUCAAAAAAAAAAAAUUUAAAUUAAAAAUUUUUAUCCAUAGUCACCAUCCUAUUGGGUCUUCAACUGUCUUGGAAAAUAUUUGAAUUUUAAUAUUAUUAACAUAAUCUAGUCAUGAAAACACUGAGAAUUGAAUACUUUUAUAUCCCUUGUGUCCAUGCUAUUUUGGUAAAAAUUAAACACUAUGUCAACAGAAGCCUCCUGGCAGAUUUUAAGAUGUAUGUUUAUUCCACAGGUUUAUUGGAUCUGUCGCCUGGGCUGACAACCAGGAUGCCAUCCAGGGAGCAGACAGACAAGCUGUGGGCUCCAUCACACUCAAGCUGGACUCAGAUGAUAUUGGGGUGGGUUUCAUUUGGUUAACCUGAGUUUUGGCCCAGUUGCAAAUAUUGAAUCUGAACUUAAGUUUGAAAGAACAAAAACAGCUGGCACUGAGAAAUAAAAGCUAUGUUGGAAAACCUUUGGGGCUCUUCAUAUACACUUAUGCUUUGCUCAGUUCUCAACAUUAUGUUAUUUUCAUUUGACCAUUUUGAACAAAUAUUUCAUAAAUACAUUUCUGCUGAUACGUACAUAUAUGCAUAUAUUUAUAUAUAAUUAUUAAUUAUUCUUUUUAAUUAAUUUUUUUUUUUUUUUAAAAUAAUUUUUUUUCCUCUUUUUAAUUUAUUGUUUGAUAUAAAUGAAGCAAACACAUUUUAUUGUAAAGUUUUUUUUUGGUAAUGUUUUUAAAAAAGUAUAUAUUAUUUCUUCUUAUUUUUUCAUAUAUUCAUAUAUUUAUAUAUAAUUAUUAAUUAUUCUUUUUAAUUAAUUUUUUUUUUUUUUUUAAAAUAAUUUUUCUUCCUCUAUUUAAUUUAUUGAUUGAUAUAAAUGAAGCAAACACAUUUUAUUGUAAAGAUUAUUUAUGGUAAUGUUUUUAAAAAAGUAUAUAUCUGCUUAGCUGGUCCUUUCAUUUAAAGAAAUUGUUACAUUAGAAAUUUAGAUUAUAUUAUUUACAUUACAAGUCAACAUUAUUUCUUAAGCGUUGGUUUUAUUUACAUUUUUGCCUCAAUUUUAAAAUAUUUUUAAUGCAUUAAUUACAUGAAAUCUGAUUCGCUUUUCUUUGAUUCAGGACUUUGAAACUUACAUGGGCUCCAAGACACUUGCCAACUCUGUUGAGAAUCCCUGGUUUGAAGAGUACUUCCAGAAGAUUCAGAACUGCUACACCUCCAAAGCCAACACAAUGGGUUACCCAAGGCCCUGCCCCCUGCCUACAUCAGGUGUCAUCAGUAGCCCACUCUACCAGCAGGACUCUGGCGUCGUCUACGUCAUCAACGCUGUCUAUGCUGCAGCCUUUGGAAUUCACGAGACGUUGAAAGAAAAGUGUGGUAGGUUUCUUCUUCUUCUAUGCCUCCCCAGCCAGAAAGGGGGGGGGGGGGGGGGUAUAAGAUGCCAUUAACACUGGUCUUUCCUCGCCUUCUGGUCUCUUGCCAUCUUCUCCAACCAGGGUAGGUGUUAAACAUGGUAGGUGUUAUACCUUGGUAGUUUUAACCAUGGUAGGUUUUAACUGUGGUACAUGUUUAACCAUUUGCUUGGUUUAACCAUGUUAAAUCCUGCUUUUUCUAUUUUAUUGAAAUUAACUCUUUUAAAAACAAUUUGUUGAAGUUAAAGAGAAACAAAUGAAUGACACAACCCCUAUGGUGAGACUGCUUCAUUCUUACUUUAAUUACACGGUCAACAGGUGAAGGCUACACGGCCGUGUGUCAGGCCUACAGAACAAGCAAGGACAGACAUGAGAGCCUUAAUAAUAGACUGGCCAGUGUGAAGUUUAUGGACCCAGUGGGCAACAAUUUUACCUUUGUGAAUCGUUCUGUGGUGGCAGGCUACAGGUUUUUGUCAGUGGAAACUGGUGCCUUGGGCUCCGUAGGCUACAGACAGGUAAUGUCGGUUGUCACAUCUCUUAUCAAAGAGAUAAGUUUCAACAGUUUUUGUCUUGGAAUUGGUGUGUUUUUAUUUAACAUAACCUAACAAACCCAUAAACUGUUUAUUUCUUUGGAUGGCUGCUUCAAAGCACUUCAUUAAAAGCACAGUUUGAAAGUGCAAUAUUAAUCUUUAAAAAAAUGUUCCUGGUUAGAUUAUACACGUCGUUGUACUAAGUGUGUACUAGAAGCCCUUCAUUUGCACUGUUUAGAGUUUCAGUGGCUCUGUAACAGCAAGUGACAAUUGAUUUUAUUGACAUUGUUCACCCACCAAUGGUUCAAGUGCCAUGGUUCAUACCAGCUUCACUGAAUGAGUAAUUGAUAUACCUCUCUGCAGAUUGCCCUAUUUGAUGAGACCAGACGCAGCGUCAACAUAAGCUCUACUUACACCACCGCCUGGAACAGCGACUGUGACCGGCGAGAUGCCUGUGCAGAGUGCCCCAAUAUCAGAGACAAUGACGUGAGAUACGUCUUCUAUAAGUAAGUUGGAUCACAUAUCAUCCCGGGACAGUCAAUGUAAAGAAAACCCAUCAUUAUGGGAUAUUACACAGCUUAAAGUUUAUCUACUCAGAUUUAGACGACACCCAAGCGCAUUGCCCUUAUUGUAUCAUCACAUUCUCUUCUAAGCAUACAUUUUUAUUGCCCCCCUCUUUCCUCAUAAAAAUAAAAAAGGAAUUUUGAUAUUUUUUCUUAAAAGAUCCCUCAUAAUUAAAGCACCGAUGCCAUCUGUGGGUUGUUCAUUGUCCUCGGCUUAGGAACAUGUUACCAUUGCUUUGGAGAUAUGUUGUCUUAUUCAAGGAUUUGUUGCGUUUCAGUGACGCCAAUAAGCUCCAGAACACCACGACGAUAAUAGGAUUCUUCGACAUCCAUAAGCAGGGAGUCGAUCCUUACAGAUGUGGUGAAAUCAACAUACCUGGCCUCCACCAAUUUCUGGCCUAUUUUUACACUGCUCAGAAAGUUCUGCCGGUGAGUGCGGUGUUAAAAUGCAAGUCUCCCAUAUUUAUAACUCUGACUCUGCUUGGUUCCAUUAACGAAUAAGUGAGUGAAAACAAUUCACUCCCAAUUAGUAUUUGGGACAUGUUCAGAGACGGAUGGACAUAAAACCAAAUGCAGUUAGCUUCAGUCCAAUGCUACCAAUUCAAGUAUUUGCUUCUCAAACAACUUCUAUUGAAUACGAAAGCCUCUCUAUCAUAAGUUUAAAAAGUUUCAUUCUAUCAGUUUUCACAGUGUGUGGAGACAUCACCCACCUUUUACUCUUGUUCUAGAAUAUGCAUGUGAUGCUUCAGACCAUCAUCCAUUUAUUUAGCAAGGAAUCUUGAAAAAUGUAACUUUGAAAUAUUUUUUUUUGUAUGGUAUUUAAAAAGUAUUUUUUCUCCUGCCACUCCCAGGGAAAUGUUCGCAUCCUGGCCAUUGACACCUGCUCCAACAGCAUGAGAGUGGAUCAAGACCUGUUUGGCCUGCUGCAAGGGACUGGUCUCUGCAACUCUGAGUAUGUGACAUUUGACCUCAUAGCAUCAUUGUUAAGUUUUUUAGAAAUCUGAGAUUUAAUUGAGAUGAAAGUUAAGUCAGAACUCAACCCUCUACACCAAACUUAGGGCAACCUACAGCUUCCUAAAUGAAAUCAGAAAUGGACUUUAUCAUUGACCUGGCCGUGGGCCAGUGGUAUCUGUGAUAUAGAGAAUACUAAAAGGCAUUCAAACACCUGGUUUUUUUUAAAAUAAAUAUUUCCUAUCAUCUAGUCCAAUGAUGCCCAACUCUUGGUCAAUGGAUACUUGGAGCCCCACAAUGAGUCUGAGAGACUGAGUCAGAAACACUGUCUGUAUUUGAUUUCCCCUCCCCCCAACCUCCACUUACACAUACAUUUCUAGCUCUUACAUUAAUUAUUUGAAGCUAGGACUGUGCCAUCUAAAUCACUGAGCAGUAUUUAAAACCUAUUAAUUUUUUUUUUCAGCCCAAUACACAGAUACGAGUAUUCAAAUUUAUUAAUCUUUAUUUAUUUACCCUCACCAGUUUUGACAAAAGUAAAAUGAUCUCCAUGGACCAUUUAGGCAGUGUCAUCACCCUAGGAGAACUCAACACCAUGGCAGCUUCCAGAGUCCUUGAACUUCCAAAGGUGACCUACAUUAGUCCUAAUGCAUUGAGCACUUACCUGGAUAGCUCUCGAUACCUAUUCCGUACCAUUGCGCCUGCCAGUGCCAUGGUGCAAGCCAUAUCCAACCUCUUCAGCAAGGUGGGCUGGAAAUAUUUUGACGCCCUGUAUCAACUGAAUUCAGGAGAGGGUGUCAACCUAUGGGAAGAGUUUAAUGUUUUCGCUGCCAACAGUGGGUAAGAUACCUUUUUUUAGACAAAAAGUAUUAGGAAUGAGAAAGUAGGAGAUGAUGAACUGCACUGUGCCAGUCUACAGCACUAAUAAAUAACACUUAUCAAUAACAUCAAUAAAUGACUCUUAGCAAUUGCAUCAAUAACUGACACUUAAUAACUUAAUAAGUAACUCUAUUAAAUUACAUUUAAUAAAUAUCAAUAAAUGACACAUCAAUAAAUGACACUUAAUAAAUAACACCAAUGAAUGACACUUAUUAAUAAAAGCAAUAAAUGACACUUAAUAAAUAACUCUCCAAUCCUCCAGGUUACAUUUUUUUAAAUUCAUCUAUACUGGAUCAAUGUAACAAUACCCAACAUAGACUUAUGUAAUAGACAUUUUUUUGUCUAAAUAUUUGGACAAAGUGUGCAGUGGUCAACACUAGCAAAGACAGCUAAAGCAAACUUGUAACAUAUUAACUAUACUGUCAGAGCUGUCCCACAAAACACAUCACUUUUAAGGUCAUUCAUUUACUUGUCAAUUUCAUUUGUCUUAAAAUUCCGGCUGGACUCUGCGCUCCAAAACCUGAUACGUUAAUUCAGAAAAGUAAGUUGCCUUCUCAAGACAAACACUUGGAGCCGGAGUCGGUCUUUGUUUGCCUCUUCUCUUAUAAUAUGAGCUCAAUGAACAUUCUGUAAUUUUCUCUCAUACUUAAAUUUCACUUUCAACAGUUUGUGCACUGGCAUUGCACUUGGUCUUGAAGAUACUUUCAGCUCUGCUGAUAUUAAGCUGAAUGGUGACAAAGGUGAGACUUUGGAUUUUGGGCUUAAUAGGUGGGGGGGGGGGGGGUUGUGUUGGUGUGUGUGUUAAUAAUUUAUGAAAAAUGUAUUCGAUUGACUCAAACUAUAGAGCAGCUGUUUCCAAACUUUUUGGUUCACAUCACACUAGGUGUUUUAGGAUUUUAUCCCAAUGCACCCAUAUAAGAGCAAAUACCUUCAUAAUAGUUGCAGUGUGUGUGCAGUUGCAUUAGGUUGUUAAGAAAAACAAUAAAAAAGAUAAAACAUGCUUAUCAAAUUUCAUAACAAUUUGUUUAAGAAUUAUUUGAUAAGAACACAUUUGGAACAGUCAUUGAAUAAAUCAAACGUAGUUGGUAGUCAUUAGGAUUUCUUUAAGGGGUGGCUGAUCUUCAUAGACCACACUGAGUGAGUCUGCCUUAAAUAACAUUAAGUAGCUGUCUCUUUAUGUGUUACAAAAGGUGUGCACGGUUUGAUCACACAGGUUCAAAGGCGGUGGUCCUGUUUGGUACCAGUGACUUCAUUGGCCGUGUGAUGUCUGCUGUGUCCGGCUACGCUGAUAAGUAUGUUUGGGUUCUGGCUGUUGAUUGGGACCUGACUCAAGAUCUCCUCAACAGCUUUGUGCCGGCCGGCAAAACAGUAAAUUUCAUAACUGUACACAGAAACACUUAUGUCGUUGAGAGCUUCCAGACUCACGUGAGAACCGCCCUGACAUACAGCCAGGUUCACAGCACCAAUAACCCCUCGGGCGUGCCUGUCCGGUGGUUUGAUGAACUGUACCAGACAGUGUGGAACUGUACUUUGAGCAAGUCUGCCAAACCCAUCAACAUAGGCAAACCUGAGUGCCUCACUAACAGGGUAGGUAGCUGAAUCAUUAGGGGCUGAUUGGCUCAUGAAGCUAACCCGGUUUGAAAAUGGAUCAGAUGGAGAUGAUUAUAAAAGUAAAAAUUUAAGCAAUGAAUAAUAAACAUAGAAUGACAUUGGAAGGAAUUUAUGUUUUUAGUAGAUGUUUUUGUCAUCAUUAUGAUUGGCUUCUUAAAAUAACUGUAUCAGUUCACUCACUGAAGUCUGUUUUCAUUGGAUUCUUCUUUUUUUUUUAGACCUUCUCAAACCUUGUACAUGACAAAUACGUGCUCAACACCAUUGCUGCCACUUUUGCUGCUACUAGUGGACUGACUGCCCUUCAGCCCACACAAUCUUUGAACAACUUACGUGCUGAGAUCAAGUAAGAAAGAAGAAACUUUACCCGUUAUAUUAUUAUUAUGAAGAAAAUUAGACCCAUACAUAAUUUGAACAUCAGUUGACCGGAAAUAAAAUCAACUGCUGCUUAAGGAUCAAAGAGGUCCAGGGAAAGAGAGAGGAAGUUUUUAUUUUUUAAUUUACUGCCUAAGUAAUUAAGGGAUAAAUCUGUCACAAAUCUGAGUUGACUAAAAUGUAUUAAUUCUGCAUUAUCAUCAACCAACACAAUUCUCUAUGAAUGAAAGUAUGGAGUAAUGGUGAGUUAAAUAGAGCACAAAAUAAAAUUCCUGAUAACUGCGCCAAUUGAGAUUCUUAAAAAUACUGCAAAUGCGCUUGGUGCAUAAUGUUUGUUUUCUUUUACAGAAAUUGUCUCAACUUAAAUAUGGUGCAAUUAUCUCUUGUGUAAAAGGGGAGUAGGACAUUAGGAUAUUGAUCGGGGAAGUGGAAAAAGUGUUAGUGAGGCAUACCGGUUGGGGGGGGGGGGGGGGGGGGGGGGGGGGGGGGGAGUUGUACGAGUGGUAUAAAGUUCAUUUCUUGAAUGAAUGUUUUGUCCAGUAAUUUCGUAGAUUGGAAGUUCACGCAUCGCCUCCACCAUUGUUUGGCAAGCUAUAACUAUAAUAUAAUAAUAAUCAAGGACAUUGGCUUGUUUUAAGUUCUUGAAAAAUGUAAAAAUAGAUCCUUGAAAAUGUAAAGAUGGCAAGAAAUAAUGAGAAAUGGUCCAAUAUUUGACAUGGUUGAACUUAAUAUUCAGAGGCUCAUUUAUGUUCAUUAAAUAACGAUGUGAUGAUCUUUGCAGGAAUAAAAUUGCCGCUGUGACACUGAACAUGGCUGCCCCAGGAUCUGCUGCAGGGGACCUGAAAAUCUUCAACCUCACCACAGAUUUGCAGUUUCAGUUUGACAAGACUUACCAGUGGUGGAACUCUGGGUUUGAGAUUAAGAUUCUCAGUGUCAGCAAAGACAACUCACAAAAUCUGGCCAUUACAAAUUUAUUGGUUGGUUCAAGUUUAUUAAAAUGUUUAAUAUAUAAGCUUCAGAGCAAAUCGGUUUUUAAGGGGGAAAAAAUUUAUGAAAUCUAGACAAUUCUUGGGUGACGUUAAUUUUACACAGCCAUUUUGUUUUAUCAAGCAUAAACACUAUAGUAAUUUUUCUUGAAUUAAAGGGGCAAAAUAUAAAAAAAUUAUAUAUUUUUAGGAAAUUAAUUAAAAAUACUAAUGUUACCAGAAAGCAGUUAAAUUAAUUUUCCCCUAUUUAAAGGAAAUUUUGAUUAAUAUUAAAAUACAGAGUUCUCAAUCUAAAUUUUAAAAAAAAAAAUUGUUGUGCAUAAUUAACAUUAGUUUUGACAUUAUCUUAUCAACCAAUGAGAAUAGAUAGUGAUAAUGGCUGAGCUAGGCAUAUAUUUUCUAGGAGCCAUAAAAUAUUAAAACUAAAAACUCAGAUAUACUCAAUGAAUGAGCCCAGAAAAAUCACACCGUUUCUCAUCUUUUUUGCUUAGAUCAAAGAGUAGUAUCAUUUCCUGUCAGGUUACCAAACCUUUGUGGGUGGUUCAUGAUAUCUGGCUUUGUGUCUGGUGAUGGGCCGGAGGAUCAGUAGAACAGUUAGAGAGCCACAUCCUGCAAGGGGCAGAUUUUAAAAGGGACUAUCCCAGUAUUGCAGUACAUCUGGGAGAACCCUUAAAAAAAUAGUUUUAAAAAAAAAUUAUCCUCACAUAUUUGAUUGAAUCUAGUGUAAUUUAAAUUAUGUAUUAUGUAAAGAUCUGGUAACAUUUCAUAUUUCUUCAGAACUUCACUGUUGCAUCUGUGCCCUCUGACAGUCAGCUGAAGGAUAUACUUCGUGUCUUCAACCUGACCUCCAUCUGUACUGACAACGCCGGCUGCAGCUGUUCCUAUGACACGGACGGAAGAGUGCUGCCGCAGACUGGUUCCAAGUUUACACCUGGUGACCACCGCAACUACUUCUUCUACCACGACUUUGGCAACCUCAUGUACGAGUGGCCGAUCUGGGCCAUUGUGGUGGCCAUUUUUACCUCUCUCGGCCUCCUCAUCACCCUCAUCUUGUUCCUGAUAUUGCUGUUCGCCUACCCCAAGAAAGGUGGCACCUCAAUCCUGGGGUACAUGGUCAUUAUUGGGAUUCUUGGCAUCUACGUCAUCAACUUCGCCUUCUUCGUUAGUGCCAACGAGGCCACAUGCGGCAGCCGCCGUUUCCUCAUGGGCGUUGUGUACAUGAUCGCCUUUGCCCCGCUCCUGGUCAAGGCCGUUGACAACUGGAGGUUCAGCCAGGUGCCGGGUGUUGAAGGAGUAGGAAGAUACAGGUACUGCAAGGGAGCUUGUGUGCUGGAAUGUUGUAUGGACGGUUAGAGGUUUAAGUUCAGGGAUGCUUUAAAAAGCAAUGGGUUUACUAUGCACUACAUUUUCUUGCUACUGCAAUACAGGUUUAGGGAAAAGACUAAGCACCUGAGCCACUUAAAUAAAGUUUGGUAAGAUGUGGUACGAUGGGUUAGAGUGGAUAAAUCCACUUCCACUGUAAGACAUUUUAUUUGAAUGGUGUGGGAAUUAGUGUCAGACUUAAUGCAAGGGUUAAUUAUUUCAAUGUUAUGUUGGUUCAUGAUUAGCAGGUGCUUGGUCUGAAUUUUUUUUUUUUUUUCAAAUUUGUAAUUUAAUUGGUUUAAAAUUGUGUUCUCCUAAAAAUAAUGGAUUUUAAAAUAUAUUAUGUAAAAAAUUCCCAGAAACCUUGAGGCACUUGACCAGCAAUUUAAAAUAGAGAUAUUAAAAAUAGCUUUCUUUCAAUAUAACGCAUGCCUCAUUCUCAAUACUUCAGGCAUUUCAUUGCUCAUAUUAUUUUUCUUUUUUAAUUUCAGUGGUAUUUCUUCUGCGUGCUCACUGCUUCUGGUUGCCUGUGGUAUUGUGUUGGUCCAGUGCAUCAUUCCCAUCAUUUGGCUCAUUUUGGUUCACCCCACAGCCAGCUACUGGCCGGUGAACGACGGCAUGCAUGACAACUGGUGGUGUGACCCUCCACAAGACUACGACAAAGGCAUAGUGCUGUCCAUGGUCUUUGUAAUGUUCAUCGUUCUGCUGACCGCCAUUUUCUCAGCCAUUACAUUUGAUACUGAACGAAACAACUUUGAAUCCAGGUAAAAAUAAAGCUCCACAGUUAUUGCCGAUAUCCUCUGCACCUGUGCCUUUUUAUUGCUAAAUUUAGUUAACUAUAAAAGUAUCACAUCCCUGCGCUUUAUUUAAGCUGUAAAAAAUGUCCUUGUGCAAACAAGUUAAAAAUUGUAAAAAAUAAACUAUUUCAUUUCAUGUAUAUUUAUAUAUAUGUAAAUCAGUGGGAUAAUAAAAAGAUAUUGCAGAAUAUUGUUGUAUUGCCCUUAGGUGGAUCUUAUUUGGUAGCAUUGCAACAGCUGGUUGUUUCCUCGUCUGGAUGAUUGUGUCUACCAAUGCCGGGCCACCAUUCAGGUCAGUGGGGACGCAACAUGGUUAGUAGGGACACGACAUGGUCAGUGGAGACACAACAUGGACUGUGGGAACAUAACAUUGUCCGUGGGGGCACAACAUGGUCAGUGUUGAUAUAGCAAUAGCAUGGUCAGUGGGGGUGCAACAUGGUCAGUAAGGACAUAACAUAGUCAGUGGGGGACACAGCAUUGCCAGUGUGGACAUAACAUGUUAUUUGUGAAAGGACUUUUACUGGACGAAAAUAUUGUUAAAUAUGUAGAUUGUGUGUACAAAUGCUGGGCCACCAUUCAGGUCAGUGUCGACAUGCACUAUUCAUUGUGAAAAGAAUGCUUACUGGGCAGAAACAAUCCUAAAACUAGGCAGUCAAAAUGAUCAUUUAGAAAAAACAUCAAUGAAAUAAUCUUAUGACCCUUGCCAGCUAUGAAAUUAAACAACCCUUAAAACAAACCGUUUCGUGUAAAUCCUUUGGAUGCAUUUUUAUUUAUUUUAUUUUAAAUUAAUAUUCUAAUGUCCUACCCACUUUUACACAGCAGAUUGCAGAAAGAAAGAAAAAAAAAAUUAUACACCAAACACACACACCAUCUUUUUUUUUUAAAAAGGAAUCUCAUUUAAAGCAGUUAUUGGCAAUUUUAUUUUGUAAAAUCAGUGUCAUCGUAUUUCCUUCAUCUUCCUCUUGAAAAACAGGAAAAACUGAUUUUUGGGGGUUGGGGUGUGGGAACUGAAAAUUUGAUAGAGUGUGCUGUCAUCGGUAACGAGCCAUGUGGCAAGUUUCAGUUUGAUAGGUUGAUGGGAAGUGGGUCAAUUAAUCAUCUGAAGAUUUUACCACCAAACCAGAAACACUGAACAAAAACGAAGUUCAUAGAAAGGUUUUUAAAAGUAGUCCAUUACAGAUAAGAUUUUCUCAAACUAUACAUGUAAAGUUUGACUUAGAAUUAGAAUGAAGAGCAAUCUGUUGUUUUUUUUUUUAAAUUUAUGAAUAAUUAAUAACCAGUCGUACUAAAUUAUCUAGAACAGUGGUUCUCAACCUUCCUUAUGCCACGACUAUAAAAUUAUUUUCAUUGCUUCUUCAUAAAUAUAUGUUUUAUGAUGCUCAUAGGUGACCACUGUGUAAGGGUCGUUCGUGACCCACAAGUUGGUCAAGUUAAGAACCGCUGUUCUAGAACAUUUAACCAAUUUUUUUAUGGUUUCACACUGAUGUUUAUUUUAUCUAUUUCAAAUUUGAUUACCAUGAUUUGUGCUUUUUAUCAGUUUUUUUAAUGAUCCUUUUCCUGAUGUGUCCUCAGAGAUGCUGCUGUAACAAUUGGAAACCUCGUCAAUGCCAGCCUGUUAAUGCUUGUCAUGCCGUUCAGAAAGUCGUUUUUGUUGUGCAGGUCCCUGCGCAACAAGGACAAAGAUGAUUACUCAGAUGAAGGCGUCAACGGAGGUUUGUACUCCAGCUCUAAAAUGAGGAUGGUGAUCUGAAAAAUGGGGAGAAAGAUUUUCUGUUGGGGUGCAGAGCAGGCAGCUCUUGAUUUAAGAACAAGUUCCAUUCCCAGAGGUCGUUUGUUAUAUCAUAUGAUUUUGUUCGUCAUGUGUCAAACCACCUCGUUAUGCGCUUUUUGCGCACUUGAUGCAAUCCUAUGUGUUGGCUGUAAUUUUUGCAUAAUAUAGGCAGUGUAUUAGACUUUAAAUGUAAAUUGUUAUAUAUAGCAAUACGCUGUAGCAUUUUUUUUUUUAAUGAAAAAUAACUUUUUCAAAGUAGGACAUUCAAAAUUUUUUUAAUCUUUGUAAAAAUCUUAAAAUUGUGAUGUUCUUGAUACUAUGAACAUUCCUGACUCGUCAAUAACGGCUGCCUUAAAAUUCUGCAUGAGAUUGUGAAACACAUUCCUUAACUUGGCUGACUUCAUUAUCUCAGGUUGUAAUAUAAAGAAAAAUAAUUCAAUUAUUUUUUUUACCUCCAAUCCACAUAGACCUUUGAAAUUUGUUUCAGGUCCAUAUGAAAAUGGUUUCUCCAAUGGAGAGUACAACACUGCAUUUGACUUGGCUGAGUAUGACAACCAGUACAGCAGGAAAAAUCUGGAACUUUAAAUACCAUGGUGAGUUUUAACUGAUACUCUGAACAAUUUCAGUCAAGACGAUCACCUUGUGCUGAAUUUGAAUCAAAUAAAUAGUGGAGCAUUGUAUGAAUUUGAAUCAACAUUUGAGUGAAAGAGCUUGACUUACAUGAAGGGGCAUAUUUUGAAAAAUAUCUUUAUUCCCAUCUAAUUGAAAUUUUUCUUUUUAAAUUUUUUAUCGCCAUCAUUUUUUAUAACUUAUGAUUAGAAUAUGCUUCUGAAGGAAUUAUUUAUUAAUACACCACAAAAAGCUAUUGGGGGCCGCCAUAAAUAAAUGCAUGCUAUUUAAGGAGAUUUCUUGUGACUUCUACCCCAGAUGGUCACUGGCUUGUCACAAAAUUUGGACACCCUCAUAGCACACUGUCGCAAAAUUUUGACACCAUCAUAGCACAUUUUCACAAAUUUUCAGAUAGCUUAUGUCAUUUAUGGAUGGCCCCUUAGAGAAGUUGUAGGAUUUUUUUAUCAAAUUGAUCUGUGUAUUUCUUUUGUAUAACAUCUACAUCCAGAUGACCUUUUCAUACCGGUAACUUGAAAGAACAUGAUAUGAAAACAUUGGUAUUUCUUUUAUUUCAGAUCGUCUGCCUACAAAGUCUUGCAGCACCACAUUGGAGAUAGGAAAUGUUGCCGUUUCACUGCUGGGAAAGUCAAACGUUUCAGGAUUAAGAUUGAUCGACUCGUAAAAUUUUACACUAUUUUUGAAGUUUGUACAAAGUUGGGUGCUAAAAUCAAUUUGAAAAAAAAAAAAAUUAUGUUACUAUAAUUUGACAACAGAAGAGGUCAUGUAAAUUAUUAUAUGGUGGCCCAAUAAAAGUAGAGAAGCUGAAUAUUUUUAUAUUACUGUAAAAUAAUAUUAACAGAGAACGUCAAAUCGGAAUAAACACAAAAAAAAAUAAGAUUUGAAAUAUUUCUUUAAUGAAAGAAAACAAGCACAAUUAAGUUUUGUGGGAAUUUGAUAUUUUGAAGAAUGUGUAAUGUUUUUUUGUUGUUUUUUGUGUGGUCUAAUCAACUUCUGAAUAUAUGUGUUUGAAUGCAGCAAAAGUAUUGACAGCCCCCUCCCCCAACCUUCCUUUUUAUUUUAAAAUUUUUUUUUAUACUUCUUUUUUACUAAUGUACAGUGUGAUAACUGUUUUGGAAUACUUCAUGAAAGUUUGCAGCAAACAUCAAGUGAGACAUCACCCAGUGCUUUGCACACUGAAUGUUUAUGUAAAAUCUGUUACUGCUUGACACAAACAGAACAUGUUAUAGGUUGUUUCAUGUAUUCUAUUACUGUUUGACACAUACAGAAUGUGUGACAGGCUGUUGAAUAUAUUUCAUAACACACACACACAAAUUAUGUGAUGGGUUGUUUCAUAUAUUGAAUCUCUGUAUUACACAUGCAUUAUAUGUGAUAGGUUGUUGCCAUAAUGAAUCACUGAAUCCAGUAGAUGUGUUGACCUGCUAUAAUUUUGCAUAUGUGCCUAAGACAAAUAACCUUUUAACUUAUUGUUUUUGUCUUGUUUUCACUGUUCACUCUUCCCUCAUAAUAUUUAUACAAACAUUCCACUGUAAUAUACAAAUAAUAUUUUGUUACACAACUUUUGUACAUUUAAUAAUUUUUUUGAAGAAUCUUAGGCAUGCAUCUCAGUGUCAUUAAACAUUAUUUUGCUUAGUUCAGUGUAUUUAAAUCAUUUUUUUUAUGAUAAAGAUAUUGUAACUUAUUGUCAAAUAAGUAUUUUUAAAGCAAAUUCAGACAAUUUUGUAGCCAAUUCAAAAAGUUAAAGUCAAACGUUUUUAAACGGAAAAAAAUUUGUGUACUUCAAUGUUAAAAGGUUUUUAUUUGAAUGAAUGCACAAAUUUUAUACUAUUACUAGGGACAUUAUUAAUACAGCAAUAAAUUUUAUACUAUUACUAGGGACUCUCUAAAUAGAGCAUAAAUGUAUACUAUUACUGGGGACUUUCUUAAUAAAGUAUAAAAUUUAUACUAUUACUAGGGCCUGAUUUAAUAAAGCAUAAAUUGUACAAGAUGCCAUUGAUCAUUCUCUAACUUUUAUUUAAACACUUUUAGAUUGGAUAGUGAAAGUUUAUUCAGUUCAUAUUCUAAGAAAAAAUAAAAUAAAUAUCAUAAUUCUCUAUAUGUUUGCUAUUUUAAUUUUUUGUCAAAUUUGUA